AUGGGCAAUGCGGACUUCUUCUCGUGGACCGGCAAUCACCCAGAGGACCGCCUGUCUGAUGCUGUUAUCAAGAAUGGCUACUUCGACAAGGCACCCGUCACCCAGGCCGAGACGACCUCAGCGAAGCCUGCCAUCUUUCCAGCUCUGAAGCACAAGAACGGUCUUAACCUCCUGUCGAGUAUUUUUGUCGGUGUUCUCAACCAGAGGAAACACAACGGACAGGUCGUCGCGCCCUCGGCGUUUAAGCCUCCACCUCGCGUCACCCUUACCGAUACCAAGCGGGAGGUCUGGAUGCGCGAUCUGGCGAACCCGGCCAUCUCGCUUCGUCGACUGAGUCGAACCAUUCCUCACGGAAUCCGCGGUAAAGGUCUUCUCGAUCACUGUCUCAGCAAGAACGUACCUACAGAGCGUGCAGUGUGGCUGGUCCGUUGUGUUGGCGCCAAUGAUUUGAGGACCGUCAAGAGAAAGGGCGUAAACGAUCCAGAACGACCCCGAUCGCGACAUUCUAGCGCAGCUCUCCACCAAGCUCACCUCACUCCUACUGCCCUUGCUCUCUUCUUACCCAGACAACUUCUUAUCACCCACGACGUGCUUCGUUGUCGAGAAACCCUCCUUGCUUCUAUUCCCAUAGACAACGAUGCCGUUCUGAGCGCCUACAAAGCCCUCAACUCACGAAACGAAAUACUCAUUGCUUCAAAUGGCAAGUCUCAACUGGCGAACCGCCAGAUCCUUAUUAAACAGCUCGACACGACAUUCCAGACAUUAUAUACGAACGAAUUGGCAUCGAGUUGCUGGAAUGUCAGCGAGGACAAGCGAAUGAUUGUGAGAACCGUCCUUGAAUGGUCGACUUCCUUUUACCGUCCUGGACAAGCCAGGAUAUAUGUUGCUGCAAGCUUGCUCCGCGCCUGGGCUUCUACCGGUGUCGAUAUCACCACGGCGAUCCUUGAGUCCAUCGGCGCUGCACCUCCUCAGGGGGCGAUCCCAAAGCGGUUAUUUUACCAGCUGAUUUCCGAACUUGUCAGAACUGGCCAGUUCAACGUUCGAGAGUACAUCAUCUGGCUCAUGGGUCGCGGGGGAAUGACGUCUUCGCUAGAUACCGAACCCGAUGCUCCCUGCUCUACGAGACUGCUCAUCGACUUGCCGCUGAGCGCGCUUAGCUCAUCAUUGAUCGCGACCCGCGCAAACUUGCUGCGACGCGCGGCAUUCGAUGUUGCAGAGGAAGCCAGAGAUAUCGAUGCCGCGUGGAAUUUUAUCCGUCACGCUCUCGGCCUUUCGUCCAACGCAGAGGUAUCACCAGUACAAAGGAGACCGAUGCCACUGGCCAAGAUAUGCCGUGCCGUCAGCAACAGUAGCCGGGCGUUGCAGACUGAGGUCGGCGCACGACUGUUACGGACCUUUCAGACGGACGAGUACGAAUCCAGCUCUGACAUUCAUCUUUCUCCGACGGCAUUCAACCACGCUCGGUCCAUACUGGAGGCAGCAAAGGAUUUCACGACCAUGGCCGAGAUGAUCAAGUUGACCAGCAGGUUCCCUGAUGCGGACAUACUGGCUUCGUGCGCCGACACAGUCAAUGUCCAUCUGGCUACCUUCGCAGCAAUGAACGUGGCACGGAAUCUCUGCGAUCUGCUACUCGAGAGAAUGAAGAUUGUCAACGACGAGCAAGGAGUUCGAGUCAGACCGCUGCUAGUGGCACUGGGAGCCCUGACCUCCAGGCUCCCCGGCCUGGCCAACACGUCAGCACACCUUCGAAAGGAGCUCCAACAGAUCGAUCAAAGCACAGCGAUCGACGCUUGCUCGCCAGUCUCGGACAACAUGGCUGCGCGCCUCCAGGAUGCGGAGGGCGAGCUGAACGACGAGAUUGAAAGGCUACUCACUGGCGGCACGAGCCUCGACCGUCCUACCAUGGACCGACUUUUCCACACCGUCGUCACGCGUCUCGAGGGUAGUUGGGCGAAGGACUCGGAGAAGCAGCAUGCCUACAGUGCCCUUCUGGCCAGGCUUCGCAUCUUUGAUACUCAGCACUUUGACGUCCGCAUGACAGACUGGGUCCACCAUGUCAGCAUUAUGAAGACACGACCAACUCUUUUCGACAUUUAUCCCUUCCUCAUCAGCCUUGGCUGCCUGGGGCUGUCUACCAUCAUGACAACAACCACAGUCGAUCCCAGCAAAGUAGUCGGAGGUCAAAUUGGUUGCACGUCAACAUACAUGCAAGAGGUCCUCCAGCUCGUCGUCAGUCCCUUACCGCCCAAGAACGCCCUUUCACAGGAAGAAGCAUAUCGCUUCUAUGUACAGCAGCGGGUGGCACCACAGCAACACCACAGGGAGCUGGCUGUACUUGUCAGGAAUUCGCUCAUCGAGUAUUCCAAGCUGCAAAAUUCCGAAAUGUCAACAAAUGCCCCUUUGGCCCAGCAAGAUCUUCAAGACGAUGUUUUGGAUCUACUACGACUUCUUGUGCUGAACGAUUCUCCAACCACCGUGCAAAUUCUUGGCACCAAGCUUGCAGACUCGCCGCUGAGCGAGGUGCUUGCUAGUAUCACCACAAGGCUGCUGGCGCCGACUCGGGAUCCGAGUGAUCCUAUGACGUUCGAAACGGUGCUGGAGCUCGCAAACGACUUUACGCUCCCAUUCUGCCAGUUGAAAUUGUCGAUAGGCCUGGCAGCGAGCAAAGCGGGUGGCAGCAGUGGAGAUGAACAGCCUCCGUCUCACGUUGACAUGUUGUCCAAAGCCCUGGACCAGGCCGUGGAGACGAAAAAUAUGAUGUGGACAAGUGUGCUGCCUUAUCUGAGCGAGGAAAUCACAGAUCAUCUCAAGCGGCAGGCUCAGACGAGGCUCUUCAGCCUAGUACCAUCGCUCAAGACUAUGUCGACUGCCAGGGACUCAUCUGAGGACACGAUCCGACUGUCAGAAAGUCUGCUAUCGGUCGUCGAGGCUAUCAUUCGUGGGCGGCCAGCACUGAAGGCUACUCAACUCAACAUGUCCAUGGUAGAAAAGUUGACGGAGCUUUGGGAGUUGCUGGCGGCCACGGAAAUAGUUGGGAAGGACUUGAGGAUGGCGAUUAUCGAGCAUUGGCUGCCCAUCUUGUUAAAGUUCAUCACACUUCACACGACGGCAAACGAGCCGGUGUUGUCGCCCACGCAGCCAGCCAGCAUGAAACCACCCACGACGGCGGCGGCCAAUGACGUUCGCGCACGCAUGCUUGUCGUGCUGUCCGGCAUCAUGCUUGAGCUUGAUACAUCAGCUGUGAGGAAGCAAGCUCUGGUCGGCAACUACGACAGGCGACUUUCGACCUCGCCCUAUUCCUCGUUGAUCAUUUACCCGAAGAGUCACGCCUGCAGUGCGUGCGCGCCAUCCUCAUCGGAGGGUCACUUCAAACGCCCGUUACGUCUGACGCUAGGAUACGAUAUCUUUUCAGCUACGCCGCGCCUUGGAUGGAGCAAUUCAUGCUCGCGCAUCGACAGACGCCAACGCCACCGUCAAAUGGACCGCCCAGACCGAAGAUCCCCAUUAGCGUGCAGGGUUCUGCGAGAUUGA